CAUUAAUGCCGCUCAUCCUCUGUUCUUCCCUUUAUUGAUCUUUCUUUUUGCUCAAAUGGGUCGCUUUAAUCUUCUUGUUGCGCUGUCUCUUCUUUCCCUCUUCGUCUUCCCUUCUCCCUCUGUCGCCCAACUCCGACAAAACUUCUACGCCGACAUUUGCCCAAAUGUCGAAACCAUUGUCCGCAACGAAGUCACUAAAAAAUUUCAGCAGACUUUCGUUACUGUUCCUGCCACUCUCCGUCUCUUCUUUCAUGAUUGCUUCGUUCAGGGAUGUGAUGCCUCAGUGAUCAUUGCUUCCACCGCAUCCAACAAGGCGGAGAAGGAUCAUCCCGAUAACCUGUCGUUGGCCGGAGAUGGAUUCGACACUGUCAUCAAAGCUAAAACCGCUGUCGACGCCAUCCCUCAGUCCCGAAACAGAGUCUCCUGCGCCGAUAUUCUUACUAUGGCCACUCGGGACGUCAUAAAACUGUCGGGCGGACCGUCGUACGCGGUGGAGCUGGGAAGAUUAGACGGGCUAGUUUCUAAAGCCUCCGACGUGGACGGUAGACUCCCAGGGCCAACAUUUAAUCUCAACCAGCUCAAUUCUCUGUUUGCUGCUAAUGGGCUUUCGCAACAAGACAUGAUCGCACUAUCAGCGGCUCACACGCUUGGAUUCUCGCACUGCGGGAAGUUCGCAAAUCGAAUUUACAGUUUUGCCCCGGGGAAUCCAGUGGACCCUACACUAAACAAAACCUACGCAACUCAGCUACAACAAAUGUGCCCGAAGAAUGUGGACCCCAGAGUGGCGAUCAACAUGGACCCAAUCACGCCUAGAACAUUCGACAACAUAUACUUCAAGAACCUCCAGCAGGGAAUGGGUCUGUUCACGUCGGACCAGGUUUUGUUCACGGACACGAGAUCCCGACCCACGGUGGACGCAUGGGCCGGCGAUUCCCAGGCCUUUAAUAAGGCGUUUGUUGACGCCAUGACGAAGCUGGGGCGGGUGGGCGUGAAGAGCGGUAGAAACGGGAACAUCCGACGCGACUGCGGUGCUUUCAACUGAAACGACAAAUAGCCUCACCUCGUAUUACAUUAACGACGUGUGUAUAGCGGAUUCGACACGACAGGAUGAGCUGAUUGGCGGCGGAAUUGAGAAUGAGUUAAUAAAAUGAGGGAUUUGUUUUACUUUCAUUGCGAAUGUAAUUAGGAUUUAAUUUUAAUAAAGUAGUAAUACACAGCUGUGUCCAACACACAUGUUUAAGCAAA